AUGGUGGACAGCAUCCAUGAGGAGUUACUUCCACGCCCAAUACAAGAGGAAGGUCAACAGAAAACGGCUGAGAAAUUGAAAAUGCUGGCAGAAUUUCUGCAGAAAAAUCGGGAUGUGUUAACAAACCUUCUCCAGACACAGGGACGUGGAAAUGCGGAGAGAAGAAAACUUCAUCUUAUCACCAGUGCCUUAGCAGCUGUGGCAUGCGGAAGCUGGUCUUGGAUCAGGUUUUGGAUCUUUUUUCUGUGGGCAGCCUUCACUGAUGGACUCAAGACUAUGAAAGAAAUACCGAAAGAAAGCCGCGCGCAGUUAGACAAGAUGAAAAAGUAUCUGGGGGAAGUAAAGUGGAACCUCGAGAAGGUGCUUUAUGACACGACAAAAAUGCAAGAGAAGGUAUUGCUGGUAUUUUUUGUUUUUCUGUUUUACUUGUAAAAACAUUAUGGAAAAAAAUAGCUAACGAAUUUUUGUGUGUAAUCAAAUGUGUGGACAAGUGAAAUUAGGGAAUACUUUCAUAUAAGAAUUUGGACAGAACACAAGUUAAAUUAUUCCUCCAGUUUCACUAGUACAAUUGUAUACCGUUUGAUUAAAGUUUAAAUACUAUGGUCAAAAAAUGUAUACGCUCACAAAACGGGGGAUUUUGGCACCGUAGAAAAAACACGAUUAUAACAAUAUCGCUAUUUCACGUGUAAAUUUAUAAAUUAAGGCUGAAACUUCGCGCCAAAAUUAAGGAGUGAUUUGUUGCCCAUGAUAUUAUUUAUACAUUUAUUCAUUUAUUAGUCAAUUGAUUAAUUUGAACACCUGGUAGAAUAAAGUCCUUAUCGUAGCUGAGGUUAUCAUUGCGACAAGCGUUAAGUUAUUUUACGAAUAAGAAUCAUUAAAUGAAAGCACAUACCAGUACGAUAUUGAAUAGAAUUUUACUGCAAAAUAUUUAAAAAUUCAUUGUUAGGCUUUAUUGUACUAGAUUUAAGCAAUCCUAGCGGAUAUAUAAAAUAAAAGCACUUCUACGACUCCAAACCGUCCCCACGAAUGAGCGUGAAAGGAAACCAUAACUUGGAGCGAGCUACUUCAAUGGGGAAGGGGAUGGCCUUUGUCAAGGGCUUUUUGACGGACCCGUUUAUUUUAAAAUGCAUUUUAGAGCACUUUUUCACGCGAAAAUGAAAGCUCCGUUCCUUCUAUUAACAUAUUAAGUAUAAGAUAGAAAAACGGAAACCUAAACGUCCUUAAAAGGUCAAAAACUCCAUUUUAACGUCUGAAGCUGGGUUUUGUUGAAUGGUUUGUGGGACUUUUUAGAGCCAAGAUCGUUCUAAAAAUAAACUAAUUGGAGAAAGUGCCUUGAGACGAGUACAGGGAAGUUGCUCUCUCGAGAUAAUGGGUUCCUGGUGUUAACAUUAUUAUGGCCACAGCCUCAACAAAAACAACAACUACUUUAUUAACAUUUCUCUUAUCUUUUUUAGUUACAUUGUAUAAAUAUUCUUUAAAAUACAUAUCUGUUUUUUUGUUUUGGAAAAAUUUAAGGUAACAAAAAAUAUAGGUAUAAAAGAAGGAGGUACCUAGAGCCUUAAUGAACCGCGAGGUUUUCGAGCUAGUCUCUAGACAUAUAAAUAUGUUUUUUUUAUGUAGUUAGACUCACAAACAAAAACACACAGGCAACAGAAUAAAAUAAAUAAAUAAGGAACCAUAAGCAAAGACCAGUAAAGGCAAAGUAAAAGAGGGAAAAAAAGAAAAAAGAAAAGAAAGGAAAUGCAAGUGCACAGCACAGCGUAAAGCAGAAGCAUAGAGCAUAUAUUAACGCGCGAAUAAACGAAGAAGAGGUAGCUAAUUUGUGUUAGAUGUCAGAAGAAGCAUACUUAAUUAACAAGUGUUGUUGAAAAGAGCAGCACUUACAAUAGGGGUUUGAAGUCAAAGGGUUGUUCCUUCCAGAGGUCUACUUCGAUGCAGAUAUCGUUUGUUUCCCAGUAUUUGUUCUAAAGCAGGUCAUAUUGAUAUAGAUUGUCUUUUGAAGCAUAUCUAGCGUUAAAGGAGUGGAUGUUUCUGAUGUAUUGAAAGCAACUGUGAAAGAUUGAUGGGAGCUCUUGUUUGUGCCAUUUAUGGGAAAAUUUUAAUGUUUGAAGUUCGCAAAUAUGUUCAACAGUUAGAAUGUCCCGAUCGAAAGAUUUAUUAAUGGCCAAGGGGCUUUCUGUAUGUUUCCCGUACAAAGUGGAAAAAAUAGUAUCCUUGCAAUGUGGUUUUGUUUGACCUUGAGAAUUAUACUGGACUUGUAGGCACUGCCCCAAACAAUGAUAGCAUAGCCGUGAGAUAGGACUAGAUUAGGUUAUAGUAUUGCCCUAGUUGAAAUGGAGAGAAGUAGUGACGAAGCUUAAAGAAAAUUCUAGAAUUUCUAAAUAUACAUGAAAAAAAAAAAAAAGAAAUGUGGUACUUCCUGCUUAUUUUAUCAUCUAUCAUGACGCCAAGGUAUUUGACGUGGUCGUUCUGUUCAAGAGAAGAAAUAGCGCGUUCAUUGGUUGGCAAGAUAAUGAUUAUGAUUAGAAUCAUUUUUUAUGGGCUGACUUAAUUAACAUGAAGUUUGUUUUCUUAGGGUUUAUAGAGAGCUUAUUAACGUCGCACCAAUUCUUUACUUUUUGUGUCUUGAUUCAUGGUAGUCUUAAGUUCUUUCGGACUUUUUAGAAAUGAAGGGAAGACGCUAGUGUCGUCUGCAAAUAGCCGGAAAGAGAGUUUAUUUGAAGAACUAAUGAUAUCAUUUCAACAGCGAUCGAUACUCGCCCCUCUUUCAUUUCCAUGGAAGAACGUAACUGCUUCUACAGCUUUCUUAGAAGUCUGAAAACUUUGAAGAUCUUUGGAGUGUUAGUGGAAUCUAAAAAUUUGUUUUUACCAAGUUAGUUUUAUUGUUUCCCUGUAUGGGGAAACUUAGUUAAAUCAAACGUACAUAACAACUAUGAGCUGCAAUUAGUGCAGAAUUUCGCUGCCUAGAUCGUAAUAAAUUUGAUCAUGCUUCUGAGGGGUCGUAUUUUCUAAAAUGGCUGAAUGUUUCCGAGAAGAUUUUAUUCAAUGAUUUAGUUUCAGUUUUUAAAUGUCUAAAUUGGUCUAGCACAAGAAGGUCUGGAAACUUGAGACUUCCACGCUGCCGGUUGUCUUGUCAAGGCUUUUACUUUCGCGGGGCUAGACGCUGGAAUGACCUGCCAAAGGACCUUCAGAGCAUUAAAGGUAUCAAGCCUUUUAAGAAAAGAUUAUUUAAUUGUAUAUUUAAUGAAUAGAUUGCAUGAGCAGGAAUUUGUUUAUCUUAUUUAUUGCUUAACAGUGUAUUCUAAUGAAUAGACGAGACAGUUCAGCUUUUUAGAUUUUAGAUUUUAUUUCUGCAAAUUUCAUGUAAUUAGUUAAUUGUGUCUGAAAAGCCCUGUAAAGGGAGAUUCAAUAAGUCUGCAUCAGUCUAUGCGAAAGCAGGUCAGUCAAUCAAUCAAUCAAAAACUUUUUUUCACGUCGAAUUUCAAAAGAUAGCAUAAACCUAUGCUAAUUUCUCCGAAGGAAAAUCAAAGUAAAUAUAGAAAAUAAAUGAAUAAAAGCAUUACUAUACAAUUAUUAUGUACAAAUUUAAGAUAACGUAGACAAGAAAAAUAUUAUUACGUUGUGACUACAGUAACUAGUGAUAAUUAAAACUAAUUACGAAAGGAGUAGCAUUUAUUAUCAAACUAAUGCUCUUAAUUUUUUAUUUGAAAACAUGUAAUGACUCAGCAGUUCUAUAAGUACCUCUGGGAGCAUAUUCCAAUAUUUACUGACGGGUAACGAAAGGAGUGCAACCAUAUUUGGUUGAUUGAACUCUAGGAAUACUAAGAGAGUGUUUACCACGCAAGUUGUAAGAAGAAUUUCUCUCUAUCAGUAGCUCGUUAAUAUAACUAGGUGAAAAAUAAAUUUCAAUUUGUCCCAUCCUCUCUCCUCUUUAGAGGCUCCCGCUGGGUAUUCCAACAAAACAAAAAUGACAAAAAUAUAGAUAAGCGCGCGGUGGACGAUGGGAAGAGAGGAAAGGUCUCUCUCCCUUUCUUUUUCCCUUCCCAUCGUUCCCUGCGUUCUUAUAGAUUUUCCCUUUCUACAGCCUCUGAGGAGGCAGAGUUGAGAGUGCCCCGUCAUUUUUCCAAAUGGCAAUGAACGAAGAGGAUAAACCAUGCAGGCUCUAUUAGCCAACAGUUUAACCCUUUAAUCUUUUUUUCAAAGAUAUUUAUCAGUAAUGAUUAAGACCUCAUACUCUUUGUUUCUUUGAAAAUUAUGUAGAUCCAGACUGCUGUUAAAAGAAACUACAGAAUCUCGCGUAACGAUGACCUGGAAAUGGAAAUGGGACUUAUCAAUUGCAGAUGUGUUCUGGGUACAUGCCAAGAUGCUCUGAUGUAUUUAGAGGCUGACAUCUCUGAUCUGCAGGAUGGAGUAAAACGAACCCCCACUCAUAUUCUUAAGCAAGUGGCCAUCAUUAUUAGUUUACUCAUCGCAGCUGAUUUAACUGUUGGUUGUAAGUUCAAUUUGUUCCCUUGUAGACGUUUUUAAGACUUAGGACAUUCUAACCCUUCGUAAGCUUUUAAGGUACGGAGUAAGGUGCCAGAGGAUCAGGGGUUUUAUUAUUCAUUCAAAACAUAUUUACGCCUCUGAUUUGCUCAAAUCGUCGUGUUAUUUGUCAACGGAACAUUACAAUUUAAAAUAAAGGAUAGCUUGCAAUAUAAUACUAUUAUAACAUGUUGAAAUAAAAGCGGGAAAAAGUGAAGGUUAAAAGCAUAUGAACACAAAAAGCAUUGAAACGGUUAUUUAUGUGUGUUACCUUUUGGAAGACGAUUGCAAUAUCUGGGAACGAAAAGGCGUGAAUAUAUAUAUGCCAGAAAAAUGCAAAGCAACCGAGGAGACCUGGGGACCGAUGACAACUGCUAUUUCAAGAAUAUCUACAAGACUAAACACUUUUUAUACUUAUAUCCUGGAUUUGCUGAGGAACAGACAAUUGGAGACGGGCACUUAACAUUGAUCGAGGUUAAUAUGUUUUAGCUUAUUUUUCAUUAAGCAUGAAACAUUUUGAAUGAAUAAUAAAACAAUUAUUCCGUCAGGUCCAAAGUACAGAGUCUAUCAUUUGUGGCCUGGAAUAGGAUAAGGCCAGUAGCAUCUAAUUUAGAAUUUAGAGUACCUUUAGGUUGAAGACAAAUACCUUCAGUGUUCUUUUACAAAGUGAUAGGCGUAUAAGCUGCAACCGUCAAUAAGAAAAAUCCCACUUUCAGACCGCACAGAGUAUUUCAAUUUGAUAGUCUGAUGAGACUGUUUUUUUUUUCCCUCAUUGAAUCUAGCUCACUUGACAAUCUGCUCAAUGAUCGUCGCUGUUAUACUAUUCAUUUGCAAGCGAAAUGUCCAGGGUUACUUCCACGACAAGCUGUUGUUGGCCAAAUGCGAAGAUUUUCGGAAGAACGAGCUACGGGAGGCUGAGAAGUUGUACAAACAGCUGAAACGAGAUGUGGAGUUUAAAGUUUCCAUGCAGAAGAAAACACUGGCCGUGUUGGAUAUUGAGGUGUCGCUGUUUCAUCCCCAUUCUGAGUGA